AUGCGGAUAAAGAGUGCCUCUGAGGCUGAUUCACGCAGAACAUACACUCUACAGAAUUACCUGAACGAUGACUAUAAGUACAAAACACAUAAUUUGCAGUGGAUUUCAGGAAAUCAGUAUGUUCACAAAUCAGCUAAUGGGGACAUCCUACGUAUCGAUGCUGGCACUGGAACAUCCUCAGUAAUCUUGGCGAAUACAACACUAGAUAAAUACAACGCAACCACAGUUAUAUUGUCUCCUGACCAAAAGUUUGCUCUUCUGCAGUACAGCUAUACAAAGUUGUGGAGGCAUUCCUAUACAGCUUCAUAUCACAUCUAUGAUUUCAAUAGCAGUUCUAUCUUAGAUGACGGACUACUACAUAAUGAUAUACAAUACAUAUCCUGGUCACCUGUUGGUCACAAACUGGCCUAUGUUUGGAAUAAUAAUGUUUAUGUAAAAGCUUCACCAACAGAAAAAUCUGUGCAAAUCACUGAAAAUGGAGAGGAAAAUAAAAUUUUCAAUGGAAUACCAGAUUGGGUUUAUGAAGAGGAAAUGUUUGGCACUCAUUCUGCUCUGUGGUGGUCUCCAAGUGGCGAUUUUGUGGCAUAUGCAGCAUUUAAUGAUACAGAAGUUCCUGUUAUAGAGUAUUCCUUUUAUUCUGAGGACACCUUGCAGUAUCCAAAGACCAUUAGAAUCCCAUAUCCCAAGGCAGGAGCUACAAAUCCAACUGUGCGAUUCUUUAUUGUGGAUACCAGAUUGGAUCAUUAUUUGAGUGUUGUAACAUGGGUGACAGAUGAAAGGAUCAGUCUGCAAUGGCUCAAAAGAAUUCAGAAUUUUUCAGUCCUCACAGUCUGUGACUUCAGCAGCACUCUUGGAAAUUGGGCGUGUCCGCAGGAAAAACAAGUUACAGAAGAAAGUAAAACUGGCUGGAUUGGCAGAUUUCAGCCAUCUGUCCCUCACUUUGCACCCGACAAUGCUACCUACUACAAAGUCUUGAGCGAUAAGGAAGGUUACAAGCACAUCCACUACGUAAAUGGCUCACGGGCUCCAGUACCUAUUACUACAGGAAAAUGGGAAGUAAUCAGCAUAGAAGCUGUAACCAAUAACUUUUUAUACUACAUCAGUAAUGAAAACCGUGGAAUGCCAGGAGGAAGAAAUCUGUAUAAAGUGCUCUUGGAAAGCAGUCCAGAUUCUACUAAAUGUGUUAGCUGUGAUCUGAAUCCAGAAAGAUGCCAGUAUUAUUCUGUGUCCUUCAGCAAAGACGCACAGUACUAUCAGCUAGAUUGUCGUGGUCCUGGCCUGCCCCUGUCUACUCUGCACAAAAGCAGUGAUGAUCAAGUCCUCAGAUACUUGGAAAAUAACACUGAACUGGAAAAUUCAUUGAAAGAUAUUCAGAUGCCUUCAAAAAAAAUUGACUCUAUUAGUGUAGCUGGAUACAACCUGUGGUAUCAAAUGAUACUGCCUCCCCAUUUCGAUUCAUCAAAGAAGUACCCUCUGCUCCUUGAUGUGUAUGCAGGACCCUGUAGUCAGAAAGUAGAUUACGCCUUCCGGAUCAGCUGGGCUACUUACCUUGCAAGCACCGAGCACAUCAUUGUGGCCAGCUUCGAUGGCAGAGGAAGUGGAUACCAAGGAGAUAAAAUUAUGCAUGCAAUAAACCGAAGGCUGGGAACAUAUGAAGUGGAAGAUCAGAUAGAAGCAGCCAGACAAUUUUCUGAAAUGAGCUUUGUUGAUAAGGACAGAAUAGCUAUUUGGGGUUGGUCGUAUGGGGGAUAUGUGACCUCCAUGGUGCUUGGCUCUGGAAGCGGCGUGUUCAAGUGUGGAAUAGCGGUUGCCCCCGUGUCACGUUGGCAAUAUUAUGAUUCAAUAUACACGGAGCGAUACAUGGGCCUUCCUAUAGCAAGUGACAAUUUGAACAACUAUAAUAGUUCAACAGUAAUGGCCAGAGCUGAAAAAUUCAAGGAAGUUGAAUAUCUCCUUAUUCAUGGAACAGCAGAUGAUAAUGUUCACUUUCAGCAAGCAGCGCAGAUUUCCAAAGCUCUUGUUGAUGCUGAAGUGGAUUUUCAGGCAAUGUGGUAUACCGACAAAGACCAUGCCAUCUCUGGUCAAGCACAUAAGCAUAUCUAUACCCACAUGAGCCACUUCCUAAAGCAGUGUUUCUCACUGCCCUAGCACCAGCGUUUUGGUGGUCAGUGAUGGUACUUCUCCAGAACACUCUCUAGCUAAUGUACACUGAGCCAGUAAAAACUUUUAUGAAUCAAGAUGAGAAGGGUCAGCUCUUGGGAUACCUGUGUAUACAAUGAAAUGCUAAUCUUUAUAAUGAUUUCUGUUGCCAAGCAACUAUUGCAUUUUUAUUGAUUGUGUUUAAUCAGGUCUUAACAUCACCAGAAUGUAGGUGUGUUGCAGACUUCUGGAAAG